CAAGUCACCCGAGAGACCUCCGCCAUUGUCUCAUUGGCGCGCGCCUCGCAGACUCUUGAGCGAACGUCUGAGGAGCCCAGCACAUGCUUCUCGGAACUUUCCAGGUCUCCAUGCGUCCUCGUUCCUAGCGCAAGACCAGCGCGACCAUGACCAUCCAUGUCGAGGGACUUGUGGCUAUCGCGCUUUUCUACCUCCUCAUACUUUUUGUGGGCAUCUGGGCGGCAUGGAAGAACAAACACUCCGGGGAGGCCGAGGGGACCGACCGCAGCGAAACCAUCAUGGUCGGGGGUAGAGAUAUUGGAUUAUUCGUCGGAGGAUUUACAAUGACGGCGACUUGGGUUGGAGGAGGAUACAUUAAUGGAACUGCUGAGUACGUUUAUCUGCCAGAUUAUGGUUUGGCUUGGGCACAAGCCCCCUUUGGAUAUGCCCUUAGCCUUGUUGUUGGAGGACUUUUUUUCGCCAAGCCCAUGCGUUCAAGAGGUUAUGUGACCAUGUUAGACCCGUUCCAGCAGCUGUACGGCAAACGCAUGGGCGGCCUUCUUUUCAUACCUGCAUUAAUGGGAGAGAUCUUCUGGUCCGCCGCCAUCUUGUCGGCUCUUGGUGCCACUCUCAGCGUCAUUGUGGACAUCAACAUCAAAAUGUCAGUGGUUAUUUCGGCCCUCAUUGCCAUCUUUUACACCCUGGUUGGAGGACUGUACUCAGUGGCUUACACUGAUGUUGUGCAGCUCUUCUGCAUCUUUGUUGGGCUGUGGAUCAGCGUCCCAUUUGCUUUGACCAACCCGGCCGUCUCAGACAUCACAGUGACUGCAGUGAAGCAUGUUUACCAGUCUCCAUGGAGGGGCAGCGUAAACCCGAGGGAUACCUGGGUCUGGAUCGACAAUUUUUGCCUGCUGAUGCUUGGAGGCAUUCCAUGGCAGGUGUACUUUCAACGAGUCCUAUCUGCUUCCUCUGCUACCUACGCACAAGUCCUCUCCUUCAUUGCUGCUUUCGGAUGCCUUGUCAUGGCCGUUCCCUCUGUUCUUAUUGGAGCUAUCGGGGCCUCAACAGACUGGAACCAAACAAGCUAUGGUGUCAUUCCGCCAAAAGACAAGGAAGAGGCGGAUAUGAUUCUUCCCAUUGUUCUCCAACACCUCUGCCCACCGUUUGUAUCUUUUUUUGGCUUGGGUGCGGUAUCUGCUGCUGUCAUGUCAUCUGCUGAUUCAUCCAUCUUGUCAGCGAGCUCCAUGUUUGCAAGGAACAUCUACCAGCUGGCUUUCAGACAGUCGGCAUCAGAUCGCGAGAUUGUGUGGGUCAUGCGCAUUACCAUCUUUGUGUUUGGUGGUCUUGCUACAGUAAUGGCGCUGGUUACAGGAACAGUUUACGGACUGUGGUACCUCAGCUCAGACUUGGUUUACGUCAUCAUAUUUCCACAGCUCCUCAGUGUGCUUUUUGUCAAAGGCACAAACACAUACGGCUCAGUGGCCGCUUACUUGUUUGGCAUGGUGCUACGUAUAGGUGGAGGGGAGCCCUACCUGCGACUGCCCCCUUUCAUUUAUUACCCUGGAUGGACCAUUGAGCAACGCAAGCACCAUAUUACUGGCGAUAUGGAGGAUGUUGUCAUUCAAAAGUUUCCUUUCAAAACAGCCUCUAUGCUCGCUUCCUUUCUGGGUAACGUUGCGUUUUCCUACCUCGCCAAGUACCUGUUUGAGAGCGGCAAGCUGUCUCAUAAAUACGACUUUCUUGAUGCUGUUGUGUCCAAGCACAGCGGAGAAAUUAUGGAUAAGACGACACUCGUGACUCGUGGCAACAACAUCGGGUUGUCUGAAAUGGCACCCGUCAAACCGCGACUGAGCGUGACCUUGGCGGCUGCCUUCACGCGCCGGGACACACUGCCAAAAGACACUGUGGAGGAGGAAGAGGAGGAGUCAAGCAAUGACUCCUCCCACCAUGAUGAAGAAUGAAAACAUAGGAAUGCCAUUUUUAAAAGAUUGUAAAAGAACUGCUUCAACUGUCAAUCAAAUAAGAAGAUGAGGAAUGAGCAAGUGUCCCCCUGAGGCACAAUGAGGUACAACACUGGCUGGUGAUAGCGGUGAAGGGUCCAUUCCAAAGCAAUAUGUUUUCACAAAAUUAGAUUUAAGAUGUGCAAAAGGUUAACAUAUAUUAAAACUGAAAUUUUGUUUCCAGCACUAAUAGAGACACUACAUUUAUACCUGCUCUGUGUCCAAGCUGACUAUCCACCACAAAAUGGAUUUACUAAUAAUCACCAAUCUGGUUGUGAGUCAAACACAGGGCACAUACUCUCGAGAAAGAAGACCAUUUACAAUACACUCACAUUUGACUCUGAUUCUGUUAAUGUCGCUGUAUUUCUCAAAGGAGCAUCCUAUUUCAAGAUUUUUUUUGUCCCUUACAAUAACAAUCAGACAAUAUAAAACUGCACAAGUAUAAAGAAGUGAUGAAGCAGUUUUAGAAUUCAACAGCACAUUUUAGGUUUGCAAGUCAAAACACCUGUAAAAAUGGGGAAACUCCUAAGUUAGAUCACAUUUGACUUGAGGACAACCAAUUUAAAUCAAAUCAAUAGCUGAAGUUAUGUGCAAGUACUAUAUUCUAUUUUAUCAUGAUUAAAAAGCAUCAAGAAAAACAUCAGUUGUGUCUAUUAGGGUUUGGUUGAAAAGGAAACUUAAGACACUGUGUUUCCUUAGCCACAGUGCCAUCCAUAAAACUGAGGUUACUGCAUCUAAUAUAAAAGAUCAAUAACAGAAUAACCAGCUCCCAAAUAUGAUUUUGUUACUGAUUAGCCGUACGGGAAAAGGAGAGAUAAGGACUGUGAAUCAACAGGCAACUCAUUCAUCAAGCUCAGUAAAAUAUACCAUAUAUAUAUAGUAAAUAUAGUGAAAAUAGAGGAUUUAAAGCAUUAAAGUAGUUCUCUUUCAGACGCAGAUUCCACAUGAAGCAUCAAUAUAAAUGACACUUUUAUUCUGCUGCCUUAAUGUAAAUCAUGUGAACAGAUACAGUAUGUGAUUUUCCACAGACCCGAAUUUACUCUGUUCAAAUUGCAGUGAAAAGAAAAAAAAAAAAAACACAUGAAAGUGAAUGUAAUCUCAAUCAUCUCAUUAUAUCAAAAGUGUAACUUGCUGUUUGUGGAUUUUUAUUUUGCGAAGUUAAUUGUCUUGUCAGACACUUUAAAAUUAUCAAUCUGUACUGUGUGUGUUGUUCACGACCACAUUUUCUCUGUGAUGUGUAUGUGUGUAUAAAUAUGGAGUGACCGGCAUAGAAAUAACAAAUGGCUGUUUCACGUUAAUCGUGUGGGAAGGAAGGAUAUUAUAUCUAAAUGUUUAUUUAUUUUUGAUGUUCAGCAGAUGUAACAAUAA